CUGCGGGGGAAAGCCUGAGACCCUAUCCUGGGGACCCCCGCUGUGGUCACCCUGGCGCCGCGCCUGGCUCACAGUGGGUGCUCUGUACACGUGUGUUGACCGAGUGCAUGUGACGCUGGCAGCCAAAGCCAGCAGCCCCAAGGCACCCCGUGCUGGCACUCUACAGCUUCGCUGUCGCCGUAUCUAUUUGUUGUGCUGUAGGUGACGCCAAACGGAGUUCCUUGGAACACCAUGUCAUUAGAUUUUGGCAGCGUGGCACUGCAGACACAAAAUGAAGAUGAAGAGUAUGACAAAGAAGACUAUGAAAGGGAGAAAGAGUUGCAGCAGUUACUCACCGACCUGCCGCACGAUAUGCUGGAUGAUGACCUGUCCUCGCCCGAGCUCCACUAUUCUGACUGCAGUGAGGAUGGCACAGAGGGAGAACUGCAUCGCUCCGAGCAGUUGGAGGUGAAUUGGUGUGAGCAUCCAGUGCUGCCUAAGUCUCAAAGUGUGAAUGACUAUAAUGAGAUUCGGGAUGUGUAUAUUGGAGAGAAAAGUAGCAACGGCUGGGAAGACAAUCCAAGUAAAAAUGACAACCAGCAUCCUGGCUACCGUCCCAAAGAAGGUGGAGAUGAAGGCGGAAGUGGUUAUAGUCCUCCAAGUAAUUAUGAACAGACAGAUUUAUAUCACCUUCCUGAAAACUUUAGGCCAUAUAUCAAUGGUCAGAAGCAGGAAUUUAAUAGUCAACCAACCAAUGUAAUUAAAUUUUCAGAUCCUCAAAGGAAUCAUUUCCAGCAAUUUGUUACAUCACAAGGUCCCAGUUGUCAAGCUUUGGAACCAUAUAAAGUGACAUAUAAACCUUAUCAAGCUUCUGCACAGAGUAAUGACUCCCCAGCCCAAGAGAUAGCAGGAAGUGACACAUUUGAAAGCCUGCAACAACAAUUUUUAGGAGCUAAUGAAAAUGCUGCAGAAAAUAUGCAGAUUAUCCAACUUCAGGUUCUUAACAAAGCAAAAGAGAGACAACUAGACAAUUUAGUUGAAAAGUUAAAUGAAAGUGAGCAUCAAAUUAGAUAUCUGAAUCACCAGCUUCUGAUAAUCAAAGAUGAAAAGGAUGGUUUGACCCUCAGCCUCCGAGAAUCACAGAAACUCUUUCAGAAUGGAAAAGAAAGAGAGAUACAGCUUGAAGCACAAAUAAAAACACUGGAGACCCAAAUACAAGCAUUAAAAGUGAACGAGGAACAGAUGAUUAAGAAGUCCAGGACAACUGAAAUGGCUCUGGAGAGCCUGAAGCAGCAGCUGCUAGACCUCCAUCACUCGGAAUCCCUUCAGCGUGCUAGAGAGCAGCAUGAGAGCAUCGUGAUGGGCCUCACGAAGAAGCACGAAGAGCAAGUGGUGUCCUUACAAAGGAAGCUGGAUUCUACAGUUAUUGCCCUUAAGGAACAGGAAGAUAUUUGUUGUCAUUUGAAAGAUCAAGUGAAAGAACUGGAAAGGAAUCAAGAAGCAAUGAAAUUAGAAAAGACUGAGAUCAUUAACAGAUUGACGAGAAGUCUAGAGGAGAGUCAGAAGCAGUGUGCCAACUUCUUGCACUCAGGCUCCGUACAGGAGGUGGCUCAGCUACGGUUCCAGCUGCAGCAAGCACAGAAAGCACAUGCUAUGAGUGAAAACAUGAACAAGGCUUUGCAAGAAGAAUUAGCAGAACUGAAAGAUGAAAUUUCUCUCUAUGAAUCUGCUGCAAAAUUAGGAAUACUUCCAAGUGACUCAGAAGGAGAAUUAAAUAUAGAACUCACUGAAUCAUAUGUGGAUUUGGGUAUUAAAAGUGUCAACUGGAAAAAAUCCAAAGUGAAGAGCACUAUACAGAAAGAAGAGCCAAAGGAUGAACUUUCCAAAGAUGAGGUCAUUCUGAAGCUGAAAGCAGAAGUGCAGCGUUUGCUGGGAAGUAACUCUGUGAAGCGUCACCUGGUGUCUCAGUUACAAAAUGAUCUCAGAGACUGUCGCAAGAAAAUUGAAGGUCUCCAACAAGCGGAGAAAGAUGAGAAAAGCAUCAUGGUUGAGACUAAAAUAGAGACCUCAGAAAACGGAACUAAUCAAUUAUGGCCUGGCUCUUCUACUUCUGAUAUGAUUGUCAAAGAUGACAUUCUGCGACUUAAAAAUGAAAUUCACGUUUUACAACAACAAAAUCAGGAACUUAAAGAAACUGAAGAAAAACUGAGAAAUACAAAUCAAGACUUAUGUAGUCAGAUGAGACAAAUGGUACAAGAUUUUGACCGUGAUAAACAGGAGGCUGUGGAUAGGUGUGAGAGGACUUACCAGCAGCACCAUGAAGCCAUGAAAGCCCAAAUUCGGGAAAGCCUCCUAGCAAAGCAUGCUCUGGAGAAGCAGCAGCUCUUUGAAGUUUAUGAGGGGGCUCGAUUGCAACUUAGGUCUGACUUAGACAAGAUGAAUAAGGAGAUGGCUGCUGUGCAAGAAUGUUACCUGGAGGUGUGCAGGGAGAAGGAUGACCUGGAAUCGACUCUCAGGAAGACCAUUGAAAAGGAGCAACAGGCUCAGGAGAAGAUCAAACAAGAACUUAUUCAACAGCUUGAAAAGGAGUGGCAGUCUAAGCUGGAUCAAACCAUAAAGGCCCUGAAAAAGAAGACUUCAGAUUGUUGCAGCCAAACUGACCAAGUUACUGCCAUGGAUGUUAUUUCCAAGAAAGAGAUGGCAAUCAUGCUAGAAGAACAAACGCAGAAGAUGCGGCAAGAUUUAGAACAAGAGAAGGAGACAGCUAUCAAUGGGGGUUUGAAAAAACUUGAGGUUGAAUUAGAACUCAAAUACUGUGAAAAUAUUGCCAAACAGGUGGAAACAGCUGUACAAAAUGCUCGUCAUCGAUGGCUGGAAGAAAUGCCUGACCUUGCAGAGUAUAAAGCACGUGUCAGAGCAGAACAGAAGAAAUGGGAAGAAGAACAAGACAUCACUGUGGCCAGACGGGUAUCAUUUGCUAUUUCUGAAGCUAAAGAGAAAUGGAAAAACGAGCUUGAAAAUAUGAAAAAAAGUGGAAUACCUGGAAAAGAAUUGGAAGAGAAGAUUCAUUCUCUCCAGAGGGAGCUUGAGUUAAAGAAUGAGGAAGUCCCUGUGGUUGUCAGGGCUGAGCUGGCGAAGGCCCGGAGUGAAUGGAACAAAGAAAAGCAAGAAGAAAUCCACAAAAUUCAAGAACAAAAUGAACAAGAUUACCGGCAAUUUUUAGAUGAUCAUCGAAAUAAAAUUAAUGAGGUGCUUGCAGCAGCCAAAGAAGACUUUGUGAAACAGAAAACUGAACUACUUCUUCAGAAGGAGACAGAAUUGCAAACAUGUCUAGACCAGAGUCGUAGGGAAUGGGCAGCGCAGGAAGCCAGGAGGAUCCAACUGGAAAUCUAUCAGUAUGAGGAAGACAUCCUCACUGUACUUGAAUUUCUCCUGAAGGACACCCAAAAGGAACAUGUCAGUGAUUCAGAGAACAAGCAACUCUUGGAACUCGUGUCAACUUGUUCUUCAAAAUGGGUGUCUGCCCAAUAUUUUGAAAAACUAAAGGCCUGCAUACAGAAAGCUUUUCGAGAUCUCCUCUCCCUAGCUAUCGAAAAUGCCAACUCCGAGUGGGAAAAGAGAAAUAUGGCCAAGAUCUCUAAGGAUCCUGCCACAGAGGUCACUGGUAGAGGAGACCCCAGAGUCCUGGCAGUCCUUCCUGCAUCUACUUUUGGAUGCUGUGCUCAGGCCGUGGCCUUGCAAAAAACAGAAGCAGAAGCUGAUAAGAAAAAGAUCCUUGAAACUAAAGAUUCAUGCUGUGGACACUGCUUCCAAGAACUUGAAAAGGCAAAGCAGGAAUGUCAAGAUCUGAAAAGAAAACUGGAGAAAUGCUGUAGGCAUCUUCAGCAUUUAGAAAGGAAGCACAAAGCUGUAGUGGAAAAAAUUGGAGAAGAGAAUAGUAAAGUUGUUGAAGAAUUACUAGAAGAAAACAAUGACAUGAAGAGUAAAUUGGAUGAACUUAAAACACUUCAUAAAAUACCACCAAGGUCGUUGUCAGAAGGGGCCAUUGAAAAUGCUUGCCUGCUGUGCAAUGGGAGGGCCUUGGAAGAACUUCGUGGACAGUACAUUAAAGCUGUGAAAAAAAUUAAGCGUGAUAUGCUUCGUUAUAUUCAGGAGAGUAAGGAAAGAGCUGCGGAAAUGGUAAAAGCAGAAGUAUUGCGAGAACGUCAAGAAACUGCCCGAAAGAUGCGCAAAUACUACUUGACUUGCCUCCAACAGAUUUUGCAAGAUAAUGGCAAACAGGAAGGGGCUGAGAAAAAGAUUAUGAAUGCUGCUAGCAAACUUGCUACAAUGGCAAAAUUGCUGGAAACGCCAAUUUCUCAUAAAUCCCAGAGCAAAACUACACAGUCAGUACUACCUCUGACUUCAGAGAUGCUGACUGGAGUUGAAAAAUCAAAAAGAAAUGAUAUGAAUCAGAAUACACCAUGUCGCACUGAAAGCAAAUCAAGCAGUAUACAAACUAUCCCCAGAAGUAUAUGUGACCAAGUCCCUAAGAGAAGGCCUGCUUGUAACUUAAGAAGACGGUUAGAGGACGCGGAGCAUGAGGAUACGAAGCACAUGGGUUCCAAAGGGUCACACUCAGGCUUCCAAUUUGGCGAUAAUGGUUAUAAACACCCAGACAUGUUGCCAAAAAAUGUUUCCCCUGAGUUUGUUCCUUGCGAAGGUGAAAAAGGCUUUGGUUUGCACAAGAAGAAAGACCUCAGUGAUACUGGCUCUCAAUCACAAGGGCAUUCUGCUGUCUACCCCUUUCUUGGAUCCUUUGGAAAUAAACCCUCAUCUAGGUAUACCCCUAGUCUUUCUGAAUCUGGAUCCACACAUACAACCUUUCGAGGUCCUAAUGAAAGGCUUGGUUUGAAGGUGUAUAAGUGCAAUCCACUAAUAGAAAGUGAAAAUGCUGCAUCUGAGAAAAGUCAAAGUUUGGGUGUUCGGGAAACUCCAGUGAAGGAUGGAGGGGACCUGGAUGACUCCAUAUGCUGGCAGUCCAACAGUGCCACUUUACCCUGCAACGAAGUGUCAUUUGUACACAGUAGACCACAAGAAACUCUGGAUAUACCAACUGAAGCUAUUAAUUUCAAACAGUUUUCAGCAGCCAGUUGUCUUUCAGUUACAGAGAAAAAUAAAAUGAUUUGUCAACCAAUGAAAUGUCAGAGUGGUCACACUUCAGACCUGUCAGAAGACACCCUUUGUUCCCAGCCAGAGAUUCUUAGACACCCACCUCAUCAUAAGGCUGAUAUAUUAAAGUCUGACUUCAAAAAACUGAGCAGUACAGUACCAUCAUCUGUGUGUCGGCAGCCCUUGAGAAAAUUAAUUGCUCCUCUAUCUAGCCAGCAAGAUAGCGGCUUUGAUAGCCCAUUUGUCAAUCUAGACUAAUUGUUGUACAGUAUAUAAGGAAAAUCAAUAUAUUGACAAGAAAACUGGAAGGAAAGACUUCAUACUGAAAAAAUUGUGGACUCUAUUUUGAGAUGUUUUAAUAACAUCUGUCGUAUGAGUAAAGUGUUCUCAUAAAAUUAUUUGAGAUAUUAAUGUUGCCUUAAUCUUCCAAAGGCCUGAUGGUGUAUGUGUAUUCUUCAGUGUGGUGCUUUAUAUUUGGUUCCUAAACCAUCUAUUUUUAUACUUCUGAUUAGCUUUCUGUGCAGUGUUAAAUUAUUUAAAUAAACUUGCAUAUUGCCCAUUGUAUUGUCAUGAGUUCUUUUGCAGUUCAUAAUACAGAAAUGUUA